AUGUUAACAGCAGAGAAGUCUCUUAGGCAGUGCUUUUCUUCUAGGGGGGAAAAGGGUGCUGGUACUGCGUACCCUUGUAUACCCCCAGUUUCCCCUAGGAAAAAACACUGCUCUCAGGAUACAAAAAUGUUACAGCAAUUGUCCAAAGUUUGGUUAAAGUUUAGAGGUAUUCAGCUACUGUGUUCCAUCAGUGCAAGAAUUUCUACUUGUGUGGCAGGACUUUCUGCCCUCUCCCUUCCCUUAGAUUUAGGAGUUAGACGGGGUUCCAUUGUGCAAGCAGAAAUCCCUGCACUGAUGGAACAUUCACUUAACACUAUGUUGAAUUCCACCCUUUCUAUUCAUGUGUAA